AUGCCUGGACCGAGACUUGCUCAGUCUUGUUCACCUGGACAGUUCCAAUGUAGUACACUUUGUAUACCCGUUUCAUGGGUGUGUGAUGGAGAGGCUGAUUGCCAAGAUGCACAGGAUGAAAAAGACUGUGAGAUGAAAGAUUGCCAAGAUGAUGAAUUUAGAUGUACAAAUGGACGGUGCAUUUCCCAUGAUCUGCAUUGCGAUCAAACUGACGAUUGUGGAGAUGCAACUGAUGAGCAGGAAUGUGUGUCGACGUGUAGCAGUGAAGAUUUCACCUGUUUAUCUGACGGAAGAUGUCUUCCAAUUAGUUGGGUAUGUGAUGGCGAUGACGACUGCGCUGAUGGAUUAGAUGAAUUGCACUGUGAACACCUCGACAACAAUUGUGAACCAUCAAUGUUCCAAUGCAAAUAUAGUUGUAUUCCAUUAAGAUGGAUUUGUGAUGGUGAAGCAGACUGCCAUGAAGGCACAGAUGAGGAGAACUGUAGUGAUAUUUGUAACGAUGAUAACUAUCAGUGCGGCUCCGGUGAGUGUAUACCCAAAUACUGGCAAUGUGACGGCACUAGUGACUGUGAUGAUGCUUCAGAUGAAAACUGUACAAUUGCUGAUACUUCACAAUGUUUGCAGACACAAUUUGAAUGCAGCAAUGGGAACUGUGUGUUGAUGGAAUACGUCUGUAAUGGACAUGAUGAUUGUGGUGAUCAAAGUGAUGAAAAUUGUGGACAUAACGAAUGUGAUGAUGAUAAUGGUGGAUGCAGUCACAUUUGUGUUACUAUCCCAACGUCAUACCGUUGUGAGUGUCCUCUAGGAUUUUCACUUGGACUUGAUAAUCAUACAUGUCAAGACACCAAUGAAUGCAUUGAUAGUUUUGGUAUUUGCAGUCAUGAAUGUGCAAAUACACUUGGUUCAUAUCAGUGUAGUUGUAAACAAGGCUACUUGUUAGAAGUGGAUGGUGUAUCUUGUAAGGCAACAGGUUCUGAAUCUAAACUCAUCUUUACUGACAAGAGUGAAGUCAGAAUAUUCAGUCUUCAUUCUCAGCUUGAAUAUCAAACUAUCGUAUCAGGGAACCCUAUGUUAUCUGCGCUUGAUUUUGAUUGGAUGACUCAGCACAUUUAUUAUGCUAAUUUAACGGACCAAAGUAUUUAUGAAAUUUCAUUGGUUGAGAAGACUGCCACUGCCAGUAUUCUUUUAGCAGGAGUUGGUUUAAUAGAAGGUAUGUCUUUUGACUGGACAACAAAACAGAUAUACUUUACUAAAAGUACUCCUGGUCAAAUAGUAGUGGCAACUCUUGAUAAACAACUCAAAGUAUUGAUCCAAACAGCAUUAGAAGAACCAAGAGCUAUUGUACUGGAUCCUGAACACAGGUACAUGUACUGGAGUGAUUGGGGUGUUGUUCCUAAGAUUGAAAAAGCUGGAAUGGAUGGAAGUGAUCGAGAAGUCAUAGUGAGUCAAAAUUUGAUGUGGCCAAAUGGUUUAACUAUUGACUAUGCAACAGGCAGGUUGUUUUGGACCGAUGGAAAAUUGAAGUUACUGGAGUCUUGUGACUUAGCUGGUAAAGAUCGACAGGUUGUGAAAGAAAUUGGCUUGCUUUAUCCAUUUGCUUUGACUGUAUUUGAGAACAAUGUAUACUGGUCUGAUUCAGCAACCAACACAAUCCAUAGUGCUCAUAAAUACACUGGACAUAAUGAUACAGUUAUUUUGGCAACAUGGAAGCCAAGAGAUGUAAAAGUUUUUCAUGAGCUCAGACAACCACGUCUUGAAGAUUCUAAUGUAUGUCUGAAAGAUGGAGCACCGGUUUGCAGUCAUUUCUGUCUCUUGUCUCCCAUGGCAACAUCCGGUUUUGUUUGUUCCUGCCCAGAAGACUUGUAUCUCAAUAGCAAUGGCAAUGAGUGUAUUGCUUUAUCAGUAAUCUACACAGACCAUUCUGCUAUACACGUGUUAACAUGGCCCGCCAUUGAUAAUCAGCUGUUGCCAAUUGAGACAGCGUUAAACAGUGUGUUAUCAUUUGAUAUCGACUGGACCAGACGCUUGUUAUAUUGGACUGAUGUUGAAACUGGGAAUCUUCUGAGAUGCGACUUAGAUGGGAAAAAUGUGAAGAGUAUUCUGACAAAUGAGUUUAUUCUCAGUGAGACGGUGAGAGUUGAUGAGAGUACAGGUAAUAUCUACUGGACAGAUGUCAUGAGGAAAACUAUAGAAGUUAUCAGUAAUGAUGGGAGCAUGCGUAAAAUUAUAAUAAAAGACGAGAUUGAAAUGGUGAGAGGAUUGGCUUUGUAUGUUGAGGAAGGGUGA